AUGGGGGUCACCGGGUUAUUGCCUGCUCUCAAGUCCAUUCAGGAACCGAGCCAUCUAUCCAAGUACAGGGGUAAGACUUUGGCCAUUGACGCGUAUUCGUGGCUACACAAGGCGAUCUAUGGGUGUUCUAUGGACAUUGUCCUGGGGAAACCAACCAGAUCUUAUUUAAACUACAUUCUCAGAAGACUCGAUGCCUUACGCCAUUUUGGAAUCACACCGUACAUGGUGCUUGAUGGGGAUUACUUGCCCACAAAGGGGAAUACAGAAAAGGAACGCAGAGGAAGAAGAGAAGAAUAUAAACGGCUGGGAAUGGAGGCUCUUCGUUUAAACAGACGUCAAGAAGCACUGAAUCAUUUCAACAAGGCCUGCGACAUUACACCGCAAAUGGCCAAGACAGUGAUCGAGGAGCUCAAAUUCCGGGGAGUCAAGUAUGUUGUUGCUCCGUACGAGGCAGACUCCCAGAUGGUGUAUCUGGAGAAACAGGGUCUUGUCCAGGGAAUUAUUUCUGAAGACUCGGAUCUGUUGAUUUUUGGGUGUCAGACCUUGAUCACCAAACUCGACGAGUCCGGGUCCUGCGUGGAAAUCCAGCGAGCCAAGUUCAAAGAGUGUCGUGAGUCUGCUAUCGGGUUGUUUGACGAUGCCCAGCUCCGCCUAACUGCUGCUCUUAGUGGAUGCGACUACACUAAGGGAAUUUCCGGGGUAGGAAUGCAGAGAGCCGCGACGUAUGUCAACAAAUACAAGACAUUUACGCGUCUGAUGCAGGCAGUCAGGUUCGAGGGCAAGCUCAAGAUCCCUGCGGAGUUUGAGGAGGAGCACUCGCGCGCCAUGAUCGCGUUCCAGUACCAGGUUGUUUUCGAUCCAAGAACAGGAAAACACGACCAUUUGAACCCUGUUCCAGACGAUAUUUCUCCUGAGUAUCUUGAACUGUGUGCUGGGAAAGUUCUUGACGACGAGAUCCACCGCAAGAUCGCAAUUGGAGACCUGGACCCAAUGAGCAAGAUGCCUCUUCUCAGCAGAGAGAGUCCCGAAAAGAACGUCAUGUCUGCCGCAGUACCUGUUCCUGCUAAACGUACCAACACAGCCCCAGCAAGAACAAUAGACACAAUGCUAUCCAUGGCGAAACCUGCCAAACAGCGCACCUCUACAGCGCCCCAGGCACGCAAAUCUGCAUUACAAACGAUCGAUCAGUUCAUGACCUCACAGGCUACCACUGUGAAACGUCGUAAAAUCCUGUUUGGCUCGCAGGAGUCCGGAUCAGAGGUGAGUUCCUACUUUGCCGGCCAGUCGAGAACUACAACGCUGGAAGACGAGGAUCUGAAAAGCGUCUUUAGCGAACAGAACUCAAGCGACUUUAAUCUCACAGACCCAGACGACGACGACGACCUGCCAAAGUCGAAACCCAUCUCUGCAUCUCUGCCCGCUCGCAUGCCUCUUCGAGACACCACCAACCAGGUCACUAUGAAACUGACCGCCAAAAAGGUCACCGGAGGUGGUUUUGAUAGAAACUCGUUGAGUUCAUUUAGAUUCCAGGGUACAUAG